UUCUCUUUCUCUCCCUCCUCCUCUUCUUUUUUCCUUCUCUCCAUCCUCCAUCGUCUCUUCCUCUCCUUUUUCUUUCACCAUCAGUCCUCUCCAUCAGUUCUUUUUAUUUCACUUCAUCAUCAUCAUGGAGAACAAGUCGCUGAUCUCCCUGGGAUGGGCAGGGCAGCUCCCAGAAUACAAUCUGAACCUUUAAGACCUUUUACUCUUCUGCAGGAUUAACUCCAUCAGGUUCAGCCGCUUCCUGCUGGAGAAACAACUUGGAUUCGGUUCUACGUCUCGAGGAUCUACUUUAACUAACUCACUAAAACACCUGAAUCUCCUACGGAAACUUCUACCAACUCCCCCACAGGAUUACAAGAGUUUACGCAAAAUAAACAACAACCCUGCCUUCAGAGAGCAGCGGCACGAGGCUGGAACUUCAAACUGGACCACAACCAGAAGACGCUAGCCAAGACCAGGAGGACGGCAGGAAGGUCCGGAGGCUCAGACAGACGUUCAGAGUCCUGCAGAAAUCAGUACAAGGCUGUUGGAAAAGUUUGAUGGGAGUGCAGACAAAAGCCACAUGCCUCUGAGUCCGGCCGCUGACACCAAACAUGAUCGCCCGCGGCAACAGGCGGUUACUAACGGCAACCCGACAGGCUCUGCUGUUGCCAGGGAUGACGACGGGGAUGACACACCCCCUGGAAACAGCAUUGUGGUCCGCAUUGGUAUCCCAGACCUGCAGCAGACGAAGUGUUUGCGAUUUGACCCAGAGUUACCGGUCUGGACCAGUAAACAGAGGGUCCUGGUGACACUGACUCAGUCUCUAUCAGAUGUUCUGAACUACGGUCUCUUCCAGCCGGCAUUCAAUGGCCGAGCUGGGAAGUUCCUGGACGAGGAGCGCCUGCUGAAAGAGUAUCCACUUCCCCCCAUCACUCCCAUCCCCUACCUGGAGUUUCGUUACAAGAGAAGAGUGUACACGCAGAGCUAUGUGGACGAUAAACAGUUGGCCAAGUUACACACCAAGGCCAACCUCAAGCGUUUUAUGGAACAUGUUCACCAGAAAAAUGUGGAGAAGGUUUCCAAAUGGCUGGAGAAAGGCCUCGACCCAAACUUCCAUGACUCGGACACUGGUGAGUGUCCUCUGACUCUGGCUGUCCAGCUGGAGGAGAGCUGUGAACUCAUCAAAGUCCUGCGUUGCGGUGGCGCUCAUCUGGACUUCAGGACCAGGGACGGCAUCACGGCUCUGCACCGAGCGGUUCUCUGCAGGAACAGCGCUUCACUCACUACCUUGUUGGACCUCGGAGCUUCUCCAGACUACAAGGACAGUCGUGGCCUAACUCCUCUCUACCACUCUGCCAUGGUGGGUGGUGCCCCCUACUGCUGCGAGCUGCUACUACAGGACCACGCCACCAUUGGGAUGACUGAUGAAAAUGGAUGGCAAGAAAUUCAUCAGGCAUGUCGCUAUGGCAACGUUCAGCACUUGGAGCACUUGCUCUUUUAUGGCGCCGACAUGGGUUCCCAGAAUGCUUCAGGAAACACCGCACUUCACCUGUGUGCACUUUACAAUCAGGAUAGCUGUGCUCGAGUGCUGCUGUUCAGAGGAGCCAACAAGGACGUCAAGAACUACAACAACCAGACUGCCUUUCAGGUGGCGAUUAUUGCUGGAAACUUCGAUCUGGCAGAAAUCAUUAAGAUUCAUAAACAUUCUGAUGUUGUUCCCUUCAGAGAAACUCCCUCCUACACCAAACGUCGUAGAAUGGGCAUGACCCGGACACCGGCAGGAAACGGUCUGUCAUCUCCUCGUUCCCUGAUUCGUUCGGCCAGCGACAACGCUCUGGAGAGUCCGGCCUCCUCCCCCGGUCCUUCGCUCCAAAGCUUGGAAACACACCUGGAUACACACACACACUCACUGCGUCGUCACACACGUCGACUCAGCGGUGGGGGUCAUGUAGAGACCAGUCCCCCCUCCUCUCCUCCUCUGACACCUCAGAUGCGAAAGAGGAGGCUCUACAGUGCUGUCCCGGGGCGCACCUUCAUCGCCACCCGCUCCCACGUCCCUCAGGGUCCAGGAGAGAUCCAGCUGCACCGUGGAGAGAGGGUCAAAGUGUUGUCCAUCGGCGAGGGGGGGUUCUGGGAAGGAAGCGUCAAAGGAAGAACAGGCUGGUUUCCUGCAGACUGUGUAGAAGAAGUUCAGAUGAGACAGUACGACCCCACUGCAGAAACACGGGAGGACCGCACCAAGAGACUGUUCAGACACUACACCGUUGGAUCCUAUGACAACUACACCUCUUACAGCGAUUAUGUGAUUGAGGAGAAGACAGCGGUGCUGCAGAAGAGAGACAGCGAGGGGUUCGGCUUCGUCCUGAGAGGAGCCAAAGCUGAGACACCUAUAGAGGAGUUUGCACCAACGCCCGCGUUUCCUGCUCUUCAGUACCUGGAGUCUGUUGACCAGGGGGGCGUGGCCUGGAGAGCAGGGCUCAGGACAGGAGACUUUCUUAUAGAGGUGAACGGUAAUGAUGUGGUGAAGGUGGGUCACCGUCAGGUGGUGGCUCUGAUUCGUCAGGGAGGAAGUCGGCUGUUGAUGAAAGUCGUGUCCGUCUCCAGGAAGUCCGAGUCUAACCUCAUCAGGAAGAAAGCUCCACCCCCUCCAAAAAGAGCCCCUAGCACCUCGCUGACACUCAGAUCCAAGUCCAUGACCGCUGACCUGGAGGAGAUAGCCAGGAGGAGGCGCUUUGAGAAGCUUGAUGAGAUGUUAGCUAGCGGUCAACCAGAAGUCGUCCUAAGGGCUCGUCCAUCGGAUGAUUUUAGAGCUGCAACAGUCAAACAGCGACCAACCAGUCGACGAAUCACGCAGGCUGAGAUUAAUUCGCUGUUCGAGCGUCAGGGUCUGGUCCCACCUUCGGUCCCAGAGAAGAACACCAUGCCUUUACCUAGAGGAAUGUCCAGAACCAAGAGCUUUGGCACACCUGAGGAUGACAGGAUCACAGCUCUGAUCAACGAGAGUCGAUUUCCACGGAGCUCGUCACUGACCGACAGUUUCAUCCCUCCUCCUCCUCAAACAGCUCCGCCUCCUCCACCCUCUGCCUCCUCCAUGUCCUCGCUCUACCUCCUUGAUUCUGGACCUCCUCCUUCAUUCCUUCCCCCUCCUCCGCCAGCUAGAGGUGAGGGACUAACCCGCUCUAGCUUUAAACCAGGAGCGGAGCCAAGGUUGCAAGAGCUUACCGAUUCUCCAACAAGAAGUCACAGUCACGCCGAGAGGCAAAGGAAGGCAAGGUCAAUGAUCAUCCUGCAGGACACGCCUCCGCCACUGCAGCCUGACAUCCACGCUGCUACUGCCAUUACACACACCACUCUGCACACUGCUACACACACUGCCACGCACACACUUCACACCACCACCCACACCUCCAGCCUGUCUCUCCACAGCACCAGCCCUGCCCUUGGCCACUCACCACUGUCACGCCGCCGAGCUAGACCAAUAGAAAACCCAUAUGCUAAUGUGGGACAGCAGGCUCCACCCACCAAACCGCAGAGGAGGAAGUCACCUUUGCUGAAACAACUUCCCGUUGAGGAGCAGGGACUUGGGAUCAAAGAUCAUGAUCUUUCCAAGUCAGAUGGACUCACACCUAGCAGCCCGAGCAGAGCAGAAUUGUACCAGCAGCAGGUUCUUUCGGAACGUGCUAGAGUCCAGGGUCGUAGAUCAUCGCUCUUUUUGUCUGUUGAGGGGGCAGGGUCAGAAAAUCAGACAACACCACUUCUAACUCAGAGCCAUUCCAUGGAUGACCUUGGUGAGCUUCCUCCACCUGCACCUGUCCUAUCGCCUUCACCAACGCCUCACACCUUCCUCCAUCCGCUUACUGGUAAACCUCUUGAUCCCGCCUCUCCACUUGCCUUGGCUCUUGCUGCACGAGAAAGAGCACUAACCGCGCGUACUCCAAGUCCAGAACCUCGAACUAAACACACAUCUGCUUCCACAACACCAAUUCCCACCCCAGCCGCUAGCCCCGAGGGGAGACACAAACGCACCCCUCUCCCAACACCUCACAGCAGCCCUGAGCCGAGAUCAAAGCGCACCACACCACAAACCAGCCCAGAGCCACGGACCAAGCGAACAACUCCUCAAACCAGCCCCGAACUGCGACAUAAACGCAUAACCCCACCUCUGUUUCCUGACGGACAGGUGGAACGUCCAGAGACAGAGGGAGGUGUGACAUCACCUGCUGCCCCUUCCCCUGAACGCUGGAGACCAACCCCCCUGCCACCGUUGUCCAAUGAAAGCCACUCUACUCUGAUUGACAGGCGGAGGAGCCUCACAGUAGGCAGCUCUGAAGAGGAGGGUGCAGCUUACACUGUAACACUUCCACCAGCAUUGCUUUCAUCCAGUGACGAGGAAACCAGGGAAGAACUGCGCAGAAUUGGUCUUGUGACGCCUCCUCUUGCCUUUUCUAAUUCUCCUGCUCCUGCUCCCCCAUCUUCACUCACCCUCUUGCCACGACGAGGUGGGGAGGGUGGAAUAGAAAGUGGUCCCGAUUCCAUUGGAAGAAGGGAAGAGGAGGAGACAGUUGAUGAAAGGCUUCAUGACACUGCCUCUUCUCCUAGCUCACUCCCUCCUUCCAUCACCUUAGCUUCUCCUCCUGGUCCUUCCUCCCCUUCCUCCCCUCCUGCCAGUCACCCAACCUCUUCCUCUGCUGCUACAUCUCCCUCAGCCCUAAAACCCCGCCUUCGUUCACCGAUCGGCCGAGGUCGAUCAGCACUUCGAGACCCACUGCUGAAACAAUCAUCAGACAGUGAACUCCUCCCCUCUGCUGCAUCAUCCUCCCCUUCCUCUCCUCUCUGUUCCUCACCCACCGGUGUUAGUGGAGCUGGACGGCAGCCACGUUACUUAUUUCAGAGGAGGUCCAAGUUAUGGGGGGGUGGAGACGACCGUAUUGAGGAGCGCCGUGGUCUGAGUCCAGAUGAAGGAAUUGGGCGCCCGGCAGCAUUGGGAGGUCAGGGGCCGAGUUCAGGUUCAGUUGUAGAUCUGACCAGUCGGUCAGCAUCGGCAUUGGAGCUUAGUGGCAGGGCAGGGUCCGGAUUGGAUUUGGCUAAUCGGCUACACCUGCUAAACAAAGAUAGCCAUUCUCUUGGCGAGGAGCCAAGUCCCUUAGACCCUGGUCGCAGGUCUCCCGUAGGAGGUGCCAGAUGUGUGGACAGAGGAGAGAGUAAAUCGUUGUUUUCCAGUCUCGGUGAACUCCAUACAAUUUCACAGCGAGGAUACGGCGCUAGCUACACUGUUCGACCAGGAAGUCGUUAUCCUGUCACCCGCCGGAGCCCCUCCCCCUCUCCUUCACCUGCCGAAAGGUCAGUGGCACUCGCCUCCUCUCCCACCACCUGCCCUGAAAGGCCAGACCUGAGCUCAGGUCGGGGUUUAACCAUCCUGAAGUCGUCUAGUCUUAGUCUCCCCUCUGAACCAAAGGAGGUUCGGUUUGUAAUGCGAAGUGCCAGUGCACGGACCAGGUCCCGCUCACCAUCACCUUCGCCACAUGCCUCCCCCUGCCCUUCCCCAGUUCUCAGCGGUCCUCUGCUGGCUCUUCGGCCAUGGAGGCAGCGACCCCUUAAUCUGUGGAACAAGUACGAUGUGGGCGACUGGUUGGAGAGUAUAGGUUUGGCCGAACACCGCCAACGCUUCCAGGAUCAUGAGAUCGAAGGUUCCCACUUGCCCGCCCUCACCAAGGAGGACUACGUAGAGCUGGGUGUCACCAGACUUGGGCACAGGAUCAACAUAGAGAGGGCACUGAGACAGCUGCUGGAUGGUUCCACUUGACCCUUCAUCUCUGACAAUUGACCUUUAGGCACCCAGAACUGUGACCUCAUAAUCCCUGACCACUGGUCAGACUUUAGGCCACCUCUUUGAUUAGAAAAUAUAAGCAAUGUCUGAUUUUGAAGUUGUCAAAAUCAUUCAGAACCUAGCUCUCUGUGACAUUUUGGCUCAUCAGCUGUUUCAUCAACAAGUUUGCAGAUCUGUGUCCAGCAUUUAGCUUUAUGUGUCCACUAAAUAUACCAUAAGAUCCAUCCUUAGAUUAAUAUUUUCUGUGUAAAAAACGGAUUAAAAUACACAAAAGGAAGGUUUGACUCUUCAAAUUUACUACUGCAUAUAAUUUUAAAUCAGAUAUAUCCUAGAGGUUGGAACGUAAAACACCUUGUGACUAUGUGCAAUUGUCUUACAAGGUUAAAUAGCAUUUUCUCCAGUUCGAAUAAUUUGCUUUUCUCCAAAAUCUACAUCAGUUACAUUUGUAUUUAUAACAGCCAAUAACAGAUUGAGAUAUUCUUUUGCUGGACACAGAACCCUGAAAUGUACCACCAAGUUAGGGUCCCUGAGUCAAACAGCUGAUUGGACAAACUGACCACUGAUAAGAUGACGAAGGCAGACGCUCUCAGACUAGGAUAGUUAGCAACAGAUCUUAGACAAAGACUCUUAACUCUUCCUUUCUUAAUAAAUUCUUGUGUCUCAGCAUUUUUAUUUUCAUUGUUAUCACUCACAAAGACUUUGUGUUAAUUUUAGGUUGAUAUCUUAACACUGAUUAUUUAGAACCUAGGAAUAACAAGUAAUAAUAAUAUGGUGAUGAUUUAAAAGAGUUUAAUUGUUUGGGAUUUUUUUUUUGACUUCCUUAUGAUUUGACAAUGAGUUGAAUUUUCCGGUGGCGACGUUUUGGAAUUCAUGAUGAUUUGUCAAUGAGUGUGAUGUCGUGCUGACGUGCUGUGUGUUUUCAGCUGAGCUCAAACUGUAAAACCUCUCUGGUUUCUAAACCUGCCUAUUGAGGGCUUUACUGUACAUGGUGCUAUUUGUUUAAAGCCAUUUGUACAGACUUUUCACUCCUCCUCAACCUCCUCCCUCUAUACCUUCUUUAAUCUGAUUUUUCCAAAACUCUUGGGUUAAAUACCUUAAUUUAAGAGAAAGAAAACUGAACUAAAGUAAACAAAUCUUCACUCACCACCACCAGAAACAGGCCAUAAAUGGAGUUUUCUCCCUGCCAUAUUAGGGAAUUCUUCCCUGCCAUGAGGAGUUUCCUCCUAAACCUAAUUUUUCUCAAAGGCUAUAAGUGGAGUUAACUCUUUAACGUAUUAAUAAUUGAUUUAAUUUUUAUAGUUUUACUAUCGAUUAAGUCACAAUGGUAAAAUAAACUCUAGGAACUCUAGGAAAAUCAUUUAUUGAAAACCUGGAAUUUUUGUUGGUUUUAUUUUGAUGAAUGAUUCAGUUUCAAACCAAAAGAUUAGUAUAGUGGAAUGUUCUGCCUAGCUUAGCACUAAGACUGGUAGCAAGGUAAACCUGAUAGAUUAGCCUAAUCAGCGUCUGAAGCGAAAUUACAUAUUGUUACAAGGAAUAUGUUCAACUGUCUGAUAAUUGGCUAAAAUGAUAAGCUAAGCUAAUGCUGAAAGGACAGUGAUUGCAAAAAAAGAACGUCUACCCGGGCCUCCUGUCGUAGCACAUAGACAGAACGCAAAAUCGAGAACGAGAAAUUGGUCUGAUCUGGAGCUUUUGAUGCAUCUUGGCAAACAAAGUUACAAAUAUCACUUAAUAUAAAUCAUUUAAACAAGUAAAUACAUUUUUCUUAAUUUAAACAGCAUCUCUAUAUUACAAAGCUACAAUUUUAUUCCCACAAUUGUCCAAAUUAUCUUAUCAGAGCUUUUUUUUAAAUACUACAGACAUAAACCAGAUUCUCCUUUUCACGCCUCACUGAAGCACAAUCAAUAUCACAGUGCCUGUUUCCAAACAAACUGUACUUUUGUCCUUUCUAACAGAAGAACCAGAACAUGUGCCAAUGACAGUUACCUUUUAUACAGUAGCUCUAACACCUGCCAAAUAGUAGAGCAGAGGCAGAUAAUGUACCAUAGUCCAUGUAUAGAACAUUACUCUAGACUUUAUAGACUCUAGUAUAUAGCAUACAUUAAGCUAGGAUAAUAAUGUAGCUAUAAAGCCACAAAUACAUAUAUAAAGUAUAGUAGAAGAUUUAUACAGUAAUAUUUUGUUAGUCUUUGAGGUCUCUAUCGAUGUGUUAUAUUCAGACUCUAUAAACAUUUUAAAUCUAUUAGCUGUUAAUCUGCUGCUAACUUCACACUUACAUUAUCACACUUGAAAAAAAUAAAAAUAAAAAAAAUCAAUUGAGUGACAAUCUCAUAUUUCUGACUAAACACCACUUUAUUCCUAACAUUUAUAUGUUUAAACAGCAUUAAACAAUGCUAGUGUGCCACUGUGGUCAACUCUGGAACUACAUCAUUGACCACAAAUAAAUAUAUAUAAAUAUAUAUAUGUUUAUAAAUCUUUUCCCAGAAUCCAAACAAGAUAUUUUUGUGUGAGAUUCUAGCAUGGACAAGCACAGGCGAAAAACAGGAAAAAAGGAAGCGAUAUCCAACAACAAAGGCCAAUGAACAUGGGAAUAAGCCAUGUUUUUAAAAGUGUGAGGUUUUUGAAAGUGAUUUUAGUCAAUGAUAGUUGUAAGAAUAUAUAACAUGGCAUCACAGUUUUGAAAAUCCAAUAUUAGAUUUUGGUCAUUUCAGAACAGUUAAAAAAGCCAUAAAAUAGCUUUAGAUCAUUUUCUAAAAGGUCUACAGUUUUUAAACUGCCACCCAACGGAGGAUGUUGUUUUGUAAGUUGUCGAGUCCAAAAAUAUUAAACUGCAUUUGUUUGUGCUACCAAAUACUAAUCACAAAGACUACACAACAAAAUACUUAGAUUCUGAAUAUAGGACACAGAAAAUUCACACUAAAAGACAGUUUUAGUUCCCCUAAAGUGGAUACUAUUUGUGGUUAAAUUUGGGCCACAUCUCCUGGGCUGUUAUUAACAAAAUUUGUAUUUCUUUAUAUAAGUUUAGAAUUUUUUUUUUCAUUUUGUUCAGGAUUUUUCAGCAUCCAAUGGUGCUUUGAAAUGGUUAAAUGUCUACAAGAUGAAAUUGUGUUGUAUUUGUAACAUUGACACUGGAAAAUAUCUAAAAGCACUGGGUGACUUUCUAAAGAGGAGUAGUUUAAGUAGGGCCAUAGAGUUUGUAAAUGGUUAACGCCCCCUGACCAUUUUUUUUCUUCUGUCUUCAUUCAAUGAAAUACUUUAGCAUUGUUUCCACCUUGGGCCAACACUCAUGUGGGAAUAAAAACAUCUGCAAAGUCCUGAAAAUAUUGUAAGAACAGAACCAGCCUUUUCUUCUUACGAAACAAGAAACGUUCAUUGUUCUGCGAAUGUUUAUACUAAGUAAAUAUCACUUUUUUCACAGGAUUUAGAGACAAACAUUUUUUCUCCACCAAUGAUAUUUGAUCAAUUCUCAAAACACAGCAGAUGUCGUACUGUGAAAACAGUUGUUACACACUUGGACACAAAUACAGUACAACAGUAAUUCAUACUCCGGUGUCCGGUGCUAAUGAAAUCUGGUGAAACCAGAUGAUUCUUUGUCAGAUUUAGCUAUCAUUCUGUCAAAUUCUGGCGACCAGUUCUUGUUUGUUGAAACAUUUUUAAAAUCCCAGGUCUGGUUCUUCAAAUCCAGACAUUGCAGAACACAUCUGUACUCAGAGGCAGAUGUUUGUACUGUGUGUAAAUCUUUUUUUCCUCACAGUCUGGCACUUGUUAAAGUUUUUUUUAUUUAUUUUUUUAACAUUGAACAUGAAAACAUGACCCAACAUCAGAGCUUAAUAUUAGUUUUAGUUCAAUAAUGUCAAAUUUCACCCAAAAGAGAAAGAAAAAAAUGGCACAUUGAACAGAAACACAAAAAGCCUGUAAAAACAUCUUACCUUUUCUGAUUGGCUGAGAAUCGUGUCUUUCUUCACCUUUCCUCCUGAAACGUCCCUCCUCCUGAUUUUCACUUGGUCCUGAUGAUUUUACGGUCACUUCCUUUUUCUCCGUCCCACUUCCUCUUCCUCUCUGGCUUCCUCUUUUUACACUACAUUUCUAGUUUCUUCUGGAGUGAGUGUUGUGUGUGUUGUAUUGACUUUUUUUUUCUUCUUUUUUCUAAAAAAGAAAAAUAUAUGAGAGCACACUAUGACAACUGAUAAGCUCUGCAAUGGAACAAGACUUUAAUCUUUAUAAUAAACUGUCAUUUAUUACAAAUCUAACAGGUGAUUACUUUCUUUCUGCUUCGUUACUGACCAGUUUCAUUUUGACUGACAUGUCUAUUCUGUAUUUCCUCCACUGCCAAAAAACAUAGUAAAAACAAAAAAAAC